GUCAUUCGUGAGGCGGCUACCGUGAGGUGAGUACACUACUGUUGUGCUUUUCUGGAUUAAUUGCAGUGUUUCUUUGGUGAUACUGAGCUUACACCAACACAGUGCAGUUUAUCAGUCAGGAACUGUUGUUUUAAAAUCCAGCAACCAUUCAAGCAACAAUGAAUAUUAUGUCAAAAAAGAAGAAGUACAAGUUCCAGGUGGACCUUGAAGUGGAGGAGCUGACGGCAGUGCCAUUUGUCAGUGCUGUACUCUUCUGCAAAGUGCAUCUACUGGAUGGUGGGAAGUUCAUGGAUCACUCUACCAGGGAAGAGGUGCACGACCACAUGGUCAAGUGGAACGCACGGAUGUCGUUCACGGCCAAGAUGACAGCGCCCUGCAGCACGGGAGUGCUCGACUCAUGCGUGUGCCGGGUCUCCGUCAGAAAGGAGGCCAAGGGCGGCCGCUCGUACCAGAAGCUCGGUUUCGCCGAUAUCGACCUGGCUGAGUUUGCUGGCGGCGUGGGUCAGUGUCGGCGCUACCUGCUGCAGGGGUACGACCUGCGACACCGGCAGGACAACAGCAUGUUGAAGGUGGUGCUGUCCACCACGCUGCUCAGUGGCGACCCAUGCUUCAGGACGCUAACACCUCGAUCAGCUCAUCACCUACCCGGCGAGUCGGGUGACCUAGCAUCAGAAGCAUCCACCCCGGGGGAGGCGGGCCGCGCGCCUCCCUCCGACCAGGCCAGAGGUGACGGAGCGGGCAUUGUGACCGAUCUGGAGACUACCUCGGAGGCUGGCCUGCCGGGCCACUCACGGAACUCGAGCAGCCAGUCGGGGUACGGAAGCCUGGCCUCGCAGCCGUCACAUAGCCGGCAGAGCAGCGGCUCCGAGCUUGGACACCUCAGGAACGCCAGUAGCGGCUCGGCAUUCUCCGACUACAACUCGAUGGAGCGGCCGGCGACCAGCGAGCGGCGCAAGAAAGAGGCGGCGGCCAGCUGCCGGUUCGACGCGACCCGGGUCAACCCAGAGGACGUCAUUAACGACCUGCUACAGAACACCGACCUCAACUCGGACCACGCAGAGGCGUCAUCCGGCCUGCAGCUGUUCGUGGCGCGGGACGGCAGCACCACGCUCAGCUAGGGACGCCGGUGUCACCCGUUGUCAGAGCCCAUCUAGUCGUGUACGGCGCGCCGGCCGGCCGUGGCCAGUGAGAAGACAGGGGCAGCUGCGGCUCCGCCCGGUGGUGGGUGGGUGAGGACGGGUCGGUGAUCGUCCUUACCACCGCCGGGGUGGAGUCGAACCGCCAGCGAGACGCCGCGGGCUCGGGAAGACACGCCGGACCGCUCAUCGUAGUAUAUUGGCAUAUAUCAUCACAAGAUCACACAUCAUAUCGGGUCCAGCCUGACGCACGUCAUACAUCUUGGCGUCCUGGACAAAGCGUCACCCGCGUGCUCGCGCGAUGGCGGUGACGUGAAAGCGCGUCACACCCUCCCCGGCGGACGCUCGGCGCGCGUCUCGCAAUCCUGCCCCGUCUUCGAGACGAUAGUUUUCCAUUUUGCUGCUCUUGUCUACGCUAUUUUAUCCGUUUAUCAAUGGCAUUUGUCCGUGCUUAGUGUGCCUGCGAGGCCUGUGUACAGAUUCGAGGCAUUUACACGCAUUACGGUGGGGCCAUCGGUGCACGCGCCCGACGCAUCGUCUAGCGCCUGCCAUCAGUGGUUACUGUCGCUUCCGAAUGUCAACUCCGUGCCAAAGACGGUGAGUAUGCAGUGUACGCGGAUUGCGCCGCUUCGUGCCGACUGUCUCGUCGUACCGUCUCGCCCCCAAUUGUUGUGUAUAUAUCACACAUGUCGCGUGCUGCCGUACAAUAUACUCGCACGCGCGACAGA